AGCGAGAGAGGAAGAACACCGAUAGCCAAACGAAACAUCAGGAGGGAAUCCCCUCUGUCUCAACUCUCACGCCUCGCGUCUCCGCUCCGCCGUCGCCGGAUCGGCCACCGCCCUCCCUGCGGUUUCAACUGUUCACCGACCACCGUCCUCCACGCCUCCAUCCGAUCGAGGCGGUAUUCCACCGUAGCUGCUCCCCUCUUUCUUCCUCUCGUCGGCGCCGUCGUGGAGCAGGAUCCGAUCCGUGCCCGCGUUGAUUCCAUCUCUUGUCGAGUGAGAAGAUAGAUUAAGAAUGGCUGCAGGGAGCAGUUCCAUGGCCUCCGAGGAUGACUAUGAGACUGAACAAAAGAAGCAAGCUGCUGCAGAUGUUCUUUUCCACUAUUCACAGUUUGUUAUGGUCUGCAUUGGUGAGGAUGUUCGCCCUACUGAUCUCAGGUUGCAUCUUAUGAAGGAAGUUUCAGGAAUGCCCACUUCUCUAAAGGAGCCUCAACAGGCUGCUGCCUCACCGGAUUCUAGCGGUGAACCAUCUUCCUCUGGAACAAUGAAAACAGAAAUCUCCUAAGCUUCGUAAAUUAUCCAGCUCUGAUCUCCGGCUGUUUCUUGUGCACCGAGAAGAAAGUGAUGUUCAGAUGUGAGGCCUACUUUUAUCAUAGGAAUGUAAAUAUGUUAAUACUUAAUAGUCGCAUCGCUACCUAGAUUUUGUUUUUGUGACAAUGCAGAAGGACCAUUUGGUCAUCGUCAUGCCCUUGCUGUUCUGGAGCUUUGUCUUCUGUCGUGACAGUGGUAGAUGAUGUUUGUGAUGAGUAUUCGUACCCAUCUUCAUGUUUGAAUUCGUUUAUAUUCAGGCAACAGUUACGUAAAUGCUGCUGUAUUUUCGUUAAAAACGCAAAUGCUGUGAUAUAAAUAUGUGCAUGUUGUAUAGUCC